UUGAGUGAUUUGGACUUGCCCCUUCAGGAUCAGAGGAGUAACAAACAGCAGGAUGAAGGUUGGACACGACUUUAAGUUUAACUUUAACUACAGCUCUGACCUUUGACCCUUGGACUUCAGAAUCAGGGGUGUGGUCUGAGGAACCAAGGGUCAUCACUAUGGCAACAGCAUCCCCCCUGCUCAACAGUGGUUUGGGUCUGGUCCUGGUGGAGUUCCAGUAUGAGUACCAGGGUCGGGAUGGAGUGCUCGUUUCUAUCAAACCCAAUGAGCGCUAUGUUCUGCUAGCUAAGACCAAUGACCACUGGUGGCAGGUCCGGAGAGACUGCAGCUCCAAGCCCUUCUACAUACCUGCCAAGUAUGUUAAGGAACUGCCAUCAGACUUCCCCUCUCCCCUGGACUUUGCUGAUCCACCCAGUCCUGAACCAGUACUGGUUCCUGUGGCAGCUCCAGUUCCUGUCCCUGUGCCCAUUCCUGUUCCAAAGACUCUGGAGGAGCCCAGUGGGAACAGAACCAAACCAGGGGAUGAGGUGACCAUAAGGCUCAGACCUGAUGUCUCUACCGGCUACCGGAAGACUGAGAACCGCAUGUCAACAUUCGGUGUCCCACUUGACUUGAAUGACCUGCCGGUGACCACCAGUCCCCCUGCUCCUCCUGUAGAGACCGGAACCUUAACAGAGACCGACAGCAGCAUGAGCAAAAAGCAGCCCCCCCUGCUGGGAUGUCUGGAGGAGCACGGGGACUCUGGAAAAUCUCGACUCCCAAAUUUUAGCCCAGCAGAACCCACCUCCGUUCCCCGGGCCCAGACCCAGCCCAUUCCUGUGGAGACACCAGUGGUCCCUGUCAAUGCUUUAGUCUCCCCCAGUAAUGAUACCCACAGCACAACUGCAGGUACCCAUGUCAAACAGGAGUCUCCCAUACAGCAAGAGGAGGAGCAGGAGGAGGAGCAAGAUGAGGAGGAGCAGCAGGAGAGCAGUGAGGAAGAGGAGGAGGAGCAAGAUUCACUGAAGGAUUCAAACCAUAUCUAUGAGUCCAUUCAGGACCUGAACCUGGACCUGGAGUCUCUGGUCAGAGGAAGAGAGAAUUCUGGAGGACCACCUGACACUGCACCGGCUCCACCCCCCUCUCAGGAUGACGGCUCACUCGGCCCUAACUUGGCCAUCUAUGCUAACAUCACUCUGAAGAAAUCCUCUCUCCCUCUCAUCUCUGACCACGCCCCCAUACCACCACCCCCAAUGGUACCUGCCCCCUCUACUCCAGGCUGCACCCCAUCUUCCACUGUCUCCUCCCCUGGCAUGAUAAGCCCCACCUCCCUCCUCAGCCCAAAAGAUGAGUGGCAGGAGUACACUGACCAGGAAAGUGGGCAGGUCUUUUAUUACCACCCUCUUACUGGACAGACCACCUGGUCAGAUCCCCACAGCCCCUCCCCCCUGCCUGCUGGAGACAUGGACCAGUCCAGUGUGAGAGAGGAGGGUCAGCUGACCUCCCCCUUACCUCAGCUAUCCCCUGACUCCUCCCAGGACUCCUGUGUUUGGGAGCAGCUGAUGGACGACGUCUCUGGGAGGUUUUAUUACUUCAACCCCACAACAGGAGCCACAUCCUGGACCGCACCAGAGCCACUAUCCCCCUCCUCCACUGGAUCUCCAACCAGCAGGAGGCAGCACUUCCAUAGCCCGCCUCCACUGCCAGAGGAAGAUUAUCCGGUCACAGACUAUCCUAAAGAUGACGACGCUGUAUUUACAUCGAAUCCUCAGCAGCCUGUGGCUCUGAUCCCCAGAGCUCAGCUGGACCUGAAAGAUGGAAACAGCUCCCACUGGAGGCUGCCAGAGAUCCCACAUGUGCCCCAGAGGAGGAUGGGAAAUGGAGUUUCUGAGGACUCAAUGAGUCUGCAAGUCAGGAACUGGAGACAUAGUGUGGCUGAAGACACAUUUGGCCCCACCCACAGGAGGAAUGUCUCUGACAUCACUGAUGUGUCCAAUAGGAGACUGUCCCCUGACAGUCCACAGUUUUCUGACAGACACAGACUGAAGAGGAAUCUGUCCAAUCGCAGCACAGACUCUCAUCAGCUGCAUGGCCACCUGCUGGAGAAAGCAGGAAUCAUCAAUAAGACCAAAGUAGCUGAUAAUGGCAAAAAGAUCAGGAAGAACUGGAGUCAGUCCUGGACCGUCCUUCAUGGAGGGAUUCUGACUUUUCAUAAAGACCCAAAGUCUGCUCCAACAGGAACUGCUGGUAAAGCCUCUCAGAUUGUUCCAGAGUUCACUGUAGACCUGAGAGGUUCGUCCAUCUGCUGGGCAUCCAGAGACAAGUCCUCCAAAAAGAACGUGCUUGAGAUGAAAACUCGUCACGGCUGUGAGUUCUUGAUGCAGUACGACACUGAGAGCAUCAUCAGUGACUGGUUCAAAGUGAUACAGGAUGCAAUCAAGCAGCUGGAACAGGAUCACCUGACAGAGGACGAGGAUGAGACCGCAUCAGACCGAGAGGACAAAGACCAGAGGAGGACACCUGCAGACUCUGAGCAGAGACGAGUGAGGACCAAACUCAGACGCUUCCUCCAGAGACGGCCGACGCUGCAGAGCGUCAAAGAGAAAGGUUACAUCAGAGAUAAUGUGUUCGGCUGUCACCUGGAUACACUGUGUCACCGAGAGAACUCCACAGUCCCUAAAUUCGUGGACAAGUGUGUGAGAGUGGUGGAGAGGAGAGGUCUGGAUGUUGAUGGGAUCUACAGAGUGAGUGGAAAUCUAGCUGUGAUCCAGAAACUACGACAUAAAGCUGAUCAUGAGGAUCAGCUGGACCUGGAUGACGGACAGUGGCAGGACAUUCAUGUGAUCACCGGAGCUCUGAAGCUGUUCCUGAGAGAACUUCCUGAACCGCUGUUUCCUUUCAGCUGUUUCCACAAGUUCAUCGCUGCCAUUCAACUCCCAGACUACAACCUGAGAGUCUCUUAUAUGCAAGACCUGGUUCAGUCUCUGCCUUUGCCAAACCACGACACCAUGGAGCUGCUGUUCAAACACCUGCGCAGGGUGAUCGAACACAAGGACUCAAACCGAAUGUCAUUUCAGAGCGUCGCCAUUGUAUUUGGACCAACGUUACUCCGCCCACAGACCGAGUCACCGAACAUGACGAUCCACAUGGUUUUUCAGAGCCAGAUCGUCGAGCUCAUACUCAAUGAGUAUCACAAAAUCUUCUCCCAGAGGUAAAAGAAGCUCCUGAUUGUGCAGAACUGUAUGGAACCAUCCUGGGAGAGAAAAUGGUUUCUGUACCGAAACACCAAACAGAACCAGAGUGAAGGCUGGGCUGGUUCUGAAAUGAGCUUCACAAAAAAACAAACCUAGUCUUAGUCCGACAACUUUCAGGUUCUUGUGGAAAAUGAUAGAUCUGUACGUUCAUCAGGAUUCUGACCACGAAUGAGAGUUUUGGACCUGUUUGUCACAUGAUUACCUGUACUUCUUUACCACUGGGAUGGGCUGAGCAGAACUGACCCACCAGAACUGACCCACCAGAACUGAACCGGACACUUUGAUCAGACCAAAGGUCACCUAAAGAUCUCUUGUUCCAAAUGCUUCUAAAUGGUCUAUGGACGUCUACAGAUUGAUCAGAAUCGGAGAUUCCGGAUCCAUCCAGACUAAAUCCAAAUCUGACUCUGUAUCUUUGAAGCAGAAGAGUUCAUAAGUCUGGACUGAACUUAUCUAUUAUUUAGCAUCCACUUCAGAACCUUAAGGUCUGGGUUUACCAGACCUAGUCAGGACAUGGUGAUCUGUAGGUGAUGAUGUUAAGUCAAGUCCUCAGAGGCUCUGAAGCUCCUGGAAUAAGAACCAGAACCUGAAGCAGGACCUUGAUGUUCAGGUCCUGGUCUGUGAUUGGCUGGAGGUGUCACAGUUUUAUAUGAGACGAUUGAAAUAUUCCAUUCUAAAAGUUUGAAUUAUCAUUUGAUGAUGAGGGCGUUAAUCUGACGCUCACUGUGAUCACAUUCACAAUUCUCUGUACAUGUGACUUUGAAUAAAUGAACCACUUUCUCAGUGUU